AUGAUGUACACGUCGCCAUCACAGGAGAUAGGUGUUCCUAUUCCAAACAUACCUCAUGCGGUAUCAGUCACAUUACCAACUUGGGAAGCAACUGUUGGUUAUGAAGAAGGUGAGAAUUGGGUAGUUUCAAAGAUGAAUUCAGGAUAUCCUCGAUUUUUCAUCCAUCCUAUAAUUCAAGAAUUAUGUAGGAAGAUAGAAUAUAAAUAUGGAAGAGAGGGGGAAAGGUGUAUGGUUUAUCCAAGUUAUAAAGUAGCUAAACGAUGUCGAGAAUUUAUUAAAUCAAAACUGGAAUCUCCACUGGUGAAAGUUAGAGUUUUACAAUUAAGUACUCCUCUGCCAAAGACUGAAGAAGAAAAAUCAAUGAUUGUAGAAGCUAGUAUUGGGGUUGUAUUUUUCCAAGCUGAUGUUUAUCAUUUAGCUAAAAAUUAUUGGCAACAUUCAGGUGAAGGAAUCAGCUCAAGAAUGGGGGAAUAUAUCUUGAAUGAAUUAUUCGAAAAGGAAAAAGAUCAAGGUCCACACAGUAGGAGAUCAAGUAUGAUGAAGUCAGAACUUCAAGCACAAAAGAUCCAAUCUCGUUCUCCUUCGAUCAGUGCCAACAGAUCUCAUAGUAAUUCAAGAAAUGGCAAUAGCAAUGGAGUUGUAGAUGAGCUAGAUAAAGAACUUGAUACGUUCAUCGAACAGAAGCACGGUAGAGUCUUAGAUUUGAAAUUUGCCACUGAAGCUAAAAGGGCAUUAAGAAGAAGAAUCUGUGGGAAAGCUGAUAAAUCAAAGAAUCAAAUGGAAGAAAUGGAAAAGGCGAAAAGAGGGAAAUAUUUAAGUGAAACAGACGUUUACCUAUUCCCUUCAGGAAUGGCAUCGAUUUUCUAUGCCCAUCAUGCAUUAUUAAAAACUUCCAAACAAGUUAAGAAAUCGGUAUGUUUUGGAUUCCCAUAUGUUGAUACUUUAAAUAUCUUAAAGAAAUUUGGUGCAGGGUGUUAUUUCUUAGGAAUGGGAGAUGAUGAAUCUUUGGAAGAACUUGAAAGAGAAUUAGCAGCUGGAGAAAUUGAUAUAAUGGCAUUAUUUUGUGAAUGUCCAUCGAAUCCAUUAUUAAAAACUCCAAAUUUGAAAAAAAUUAGACAAUUGGCAGAUCAAUAUAAUUUCGCUGUGGUGGUUGAUGAAACUGUAGGGAAUUUCUUAAAUAUUCAUGUAUUACCUUAUGCCGAUAUGGUUGCUUCUUCAUUAACCAAGGUGUUUUCCGGUGAUUCCAAUGUCUUGGCAGGUUCAUUAAUUUUAAACCCCUUGUCAUCAUAUUAUCCAACAUUAAAGAAAUUUUUCAAUGAAGAAUAUGAAGAUUUAUUCUGGGCAGAAGAUGCAUUAUGGUUAGAACGUAAUUCACGAGAUUUUGCCAGUCGAGUACAUAAAAUCGAUCAAACUGCUGAACAAGUCGUCGAAUUAUUGUCUCAAUCUCCAUUAAUUUCAAAAGUUUAUUAUCCAUCUUUAAGUGCAUCCAAAAAACAUUAUGAUGAUAUUAAGACACAUAAUGGUGGAUAUGGAGGUUUGAUUUCAUUCUUAUUUCAUGAUCCUGAUGAAGCGGUGAAAUUUUUCAAUGCAGUGAAUUUACAUAAAGGGCCUUCAUUAGGUACGAAUUUCACAUUGGCUUGUCCAUAUGCUAUCUUGGCUCAUUAUCAGGAAUUGGAAGAGAUUGCACAAUGGGAAGUUGAUCGUAAUUUGAUUAGAAUUAGUAUUGGUUUAGAAGAUCCGGUUGAUUUAUUACAAGUGUUAAAGAAAAGUUUAGAUGCUUGUUAG